UGUCAACUGUCAAGCCUCCAUAACUGAAACCGCAAUCAACUAAAAUAUAAAAAUAGCGCAUGGAACGAAAAUGCUAAUUUCCCUUAAUAAAAAAUCAUUGAUUACGCUAUAUUUUUCGUUUCUUAGACCUUGUUUAGUACUUGCUCAAUCCAAUAUGUCUUCUGGUAUCGCAGAUGCGGAUAAAUACUCCGUGGCUUAUGUGACAGUACCAAGUGUGGAUGUGGGCAAAACUAUUGGACAUGGCUUAGUGAAGAAUAAGCUGGCUGCCUGUGUCAAUGUUAUACCUCAAGUGACCUCCAUAUAUGAGUGGGAAGGAAAAAUUAAUGAAGACAGCGAGGCGCUGCUGAUGAUCAAAACGAGAACAACUCAAGUGGACAAACUGACAGAGUUUGUUCGCACCAACCAUCCAUACUCUGUAUGCGAAGUCAUCUCACUACCCAUCAAGAAUGGAAACCCACCAUAUUUGAAAUGGAUCGGAGAUACAGUCCCUGAGAAUUAGGUCAUAUAUAUUUGAAAGUUCUGGAUAAAACUAUAGAUAUUUGUAGUACUGUCAUUUUUCUUUAGAAUGUCAGACAGGCCAAGUUAAACUUUGCCUGUAUAGCUAUGAUGAUAUAGUAAACAAUGUCCCAUCAAUUUCAUUAUACUGCAUUCAUUUAUUUAUUCAUAAUUUAUAACAACAAGAUAAACUUAGAGUGCAAUAUGAAAAAAAUAUUUAAAAAUGUCUUGUGUGAUAUUUGAAUUCAUGGAUGAUUUUGAAUAUGAAAAUUAUUAAUUGCAUUUAUUUUAAGCUAGAUAGUUAAAACAAUUUAAAAAGUUGUUGCAUCUUAAGUGAUAGCAAUUUCUAAACAAAGUCAGGUAAUAAAUUACCAAAAUAAUAUUUUGAAACACAAUGUUUUUGUGUGAUUGUAACUUCUAAGUCAAAUGUGUAAUUUGUUAGUUUAAGUAAAAUACAUAAUUUUAAAGUAAA